AUGACGGGAGCAAGAGUCACAUUUGAACAUUUGGAUAUCAUCCGCAAGUAUGGAGCCGAUGCAAGCUCCAGCCCGACGGCGAUCCCCGAUAUGCAUGCCGAACUCAAGAGCGCGGAUGGAGGUCUCGGACAGCUCAGUCCCAGUCAGUAUGCCUUUCUAUUCAACCCUCUCAAGGAGGCGAUUUGGUUCCAACGAAAGGGACAGUUCGCAAUCGGUUCCCACCAGGAUUGGUCUCUCUGCAAGUUCUACAUGGCAGUCAAGACCAACCCGAGUUCACUGAACUACAACUUCACCUUUAUUGAUAUUGAUGAUAUGCCGGGUGAUGACGGUACGGUCCAUGUUCUCAGGACAUUGGGCAACCGAUUGUCGGAUGAUGCAGCCAACGACUGGUUUCACAAUACCAUCGACGCGCUGUACGAAUUGCUCGAAAUUGAUGCAACUGGGUCCACCGACUCCGCUCGACGCGAUGAACUCUUGCGCAAAGUUCAUGCAUUUGUCGUACAGGGAAGCCGCACGUGUGUACAGUCAGCCGCGCCUGCACCAAGUCCUUGGAGCAAUGCUCAAUUGCCGGAACCACCUCGAUUUAGCUUUGGGGUCAUUGCGCACGUCUUCAUGCAACUCCGGCAGCUCGGCGUAGCUGCCGAUCCUGAUCUUGUGGAUUGGGCCAGCAUGAAUAUUCCGCCGGAGGAUGCAAAGCUUGUUUGGCAGUCUCUUUCCAGUCGAGCCAGGCUGUAUCUACCCCAACAUGCCUGGUGGAAGGUACUCUACAUUAUUGUGCACGAAGUACAGCCGCAGCUGUUGCGCUUGAACCUGCACUUGCUGGACAAGGCUUCGGUUGCUACCUAUGAAGAUUUCUGCGAUGAAUGUAUGGAGCCGCCUGACCAAGAUACGUCCAAGUUCUAUCAAUGCCUACUCCAAAUCAUCAAUCGGCUCCAUGUCGUGUGCUUGACCACACCGCCAGAAAACAGAGACUCGAGCAUCCUUAGCAGCUUGGAUCACAUGUUCUUCAAGUUGUACCCUCACCUUGUCCAACACAUUGUGGAUGCUCCAGCAGCGGCUCCGAUAGAUGCUCCAGGAGAAAUGCCUCAGGCCCCCAAAGACGCGCCGCCUACCAUUUCGGCCGUUCCUGCUGAAGAAGCUGCGGCUCCAGUGCCUGAAGUGGCUGUCACGCCGCCUACCAUUUCUGCUAGGGCCAUGCCUCCUAUUCUUGCUGAAGAAGCUGUGGCUCCAGUGCCUGAAGAACCACCGGCGCUGCUGACACCAGAACCAGCACCGGCACCGGCACCAGAACCUUUGCCCGCAGCACCCGAGCCAGAGCCAGUCCCAGCCCCAGCUCCAGCAGAACCCCAAGCACCCGAGAAUAUUCCUGCAACAGCCCCAGCCGCAGCGCCAGUUCCCGAAGUGCCUGCCGAGGCACCUGCUCCAGAACCAGUGAUGGCUUCACCACCAAUCCUGGCACCCGAAGCAGUUGAAACGCCAUCGCCAGCCCCAGCCCCAACCCCCGAUCCGGUUGCCCCUGCUGAUCCUUCGCCAGUGCCAGCACCAGAGCCUCUGCCGCAAGCGCCAGCGCCAGCACCAGCUGUAGCUGCCCCAAUUCCAGAGCAAGCCGCACAGCCGGUGGAAACACCAGUAGCGGCACCAGUUCCAGCGCCACAGCCAGCAGCAGCACCAGUUCCAGCGCCACAGCCAGCAGCGGCACCGGUUCCAGCGCCACGGCCUGCUGCAAGGCGAACCGCUUCCAAACCAAAAAGAGACAAAGACAUCCCAACCGAGAUUAAGACUGGCCCACCACAAGCUCGUCAAAAUGCUGAUAACUACUCCAUGUCGGAUUCAUUGGUAGAGCUGACCAAAGAAGAAAAUCUUCUGGACCUGAUGCAACAAGCAGCUGCGAUGUGCGAGCAAAUCACAGUGGAAAAACGCACCUUGGUCACCAAGGAAAAGCGCAUGGGUCGCAAUCUUCGAAGUGCACAAGAGAAUGUGAAAGCUCUUCAGUCCGUUAAUGCGCAGCUGCUGGCAGAAAACAGUGACCAAAAGGAAGAGAUCUAUCAGAGGGAAGACGAGAUCAACCAAUUGCAUGGAGAGGCCAAGCAGGCAGCAAAGGAAUUGUCGGCAUUGGAUACCCUUAACAGCCAACUGCAAGCGCAGAUCGAAGAACUCAACAAAACGAUCGAAGCCUUGAAUGCCGACAAGUCAGGCCUACAAAAGGACCUUGCGGAAUCGAAGAAGGACACGGCAGGUCUACGAGACGAUUUGAGUGCCGCGGCAAAGGAGAAGGAAGUGCUGCUGGCUGACAUUGCUGCUGAAAGGGAUGCCAAGGCGUCUGUAGAGAAGGACUUGAUGACGUCUAAGCAAGAAAAGGGUGCUGUCGAGCUCAAGCUGAGGGAUACCAGACGACUGUUGGAAGAAGCAAAUGAAGAUAUUGAUCGAUUGGAGGAGAUACAGGCUGAGCAACAGCGAAAGGAAGCCGAAGCUCGCAAGGCCGCCAUGGAAGCACGGCGUCGGGAAUUUGAAGCUGCAGAACGCGAAGCUAUCGAGAGUCUCCAAAAGGCCGAAGACAUGCGGAAGACGAAAUCAGCUACACGGAGAAGCCGUGCCAUUGGAUAGACUUUCGUCCGUGUUUGUAUGUCAGGACGGACACGGAGUGCUGUUGUUGUUGCCGAGAGCACCUUGUUAUCAUUAUCUUUGCUAGUACGGCACGAUUGUUGAUGAAGGAAGGAAAAGGAAAAGUGCCACAACAAAUAAUGUACUAUUGUAAUGCAAAACUCUACAAAUUACUCGUAGAAAAUUCAAACUGUAAAUCGAACGCAUCAACUCAAACUGCUGACCUGACAA